AUGGGUUUUGUGGAGACGUUUCGGGACAAGGUGUUCCGACCCACACUGGCGAGUGUGCUUGGGGAAGACCCCAGGCUAGCCACAGUGCUCAAGACGGACCUAGUACGGACGGCAGCGAGGAGGAUGAGGGAGAGUCGAGUGAGCUCAGUGAUUGUCACCAACGGCGUCACCAACCGCCCCUGCGGCAUCCUCACAUCCAAGGACAUUCUCACGCGGGUGCUAGCACUCAACCUGCACCCAGACACCACACUCGUUGACAAGGCAAGCACUCUUGGUCAGACAUCUGGUCAGGUCAGACACAAGGUGAGCACGCCUGUGGUGGACGCCCUUCACACCAUGCACGACGGCCACUUCCUGCACCUCCCCGUCGUUGACUCAGGUGAGCUGCUUUCUCGUCUCUCGAGUCACACGUCCAGGCACCUGAUGGGGCCUCCUGAAGGGACACAACACAAGGUGAGCACGCCAGUGGUGGACGCCCUUCACACCAUGCACGACGGCAGGUUUCUGCACCUCCCGGUCGUUGUCCAAGACGGCAACUGUGUGGCAUGUGUGGACGUGCUUCAGCUCACUCAGGGCGCCAUGUCCUCUGCUGCCGCAGCAUCGGGGUCGGAGAGCGGGGACGCUAUGGGGCAGCUGAUGCAGCGCUUCUGGGACUCCGCCCUCGCCCUGCCACCUGCUGACACCGAGGAAGACACUGCCAGUGUGCGCAGCAGUGAUAUGUCAGACCAGGUGCGCCCAUCAGGGAGCAGGAGGAGAGGCGGCACAGCAGCAGGCGGAGCAGGGGGAGCAGGCGUCCCCUCUGGUGGUGCAGCUGGCGCAGGGGCGGGAAUAGGAGCCGGAGGAGCGAUGGGCGGAGCGAUGGUGGGGGGGUUGGGCGAGGAUCUGUUUUCGUUCAAGCUGGAGGACAGGAGGGGGCGCGUGCACCGGUUCACAGCGGGCAGUGAGAGCAUGACGGAGCUGGUGUGUGCCGUGGCGUCUCGACUGGGAGGGGACUACGACCCUGACAACCCGCCCUCCAUUCUGUACGCAGACGAGGACAACGACAUGGUGGUCAUAUCCACGGAUGAGGAUCUGCAUGCGGCUGUCAAGUUUGCCAAGGCCACCGGCAUCAAGGGUUUGAAGCUCCAUCUUGAAUUUCACGAUGACGAGGAUCCAGACGCCCAUUCCAUGCACGGAUCGCAACAUGGUUCGCAACACGGAUCGCAACAUGGGUCGCAACGCGGAUCGCUCCGCACGUCACAUCACCAGCGCACACCAUCGCAAACCAACGGCUCUCGUCGCACCAACCUUUCCGCCCCACCUCGCCCUCCCACGCCGCGGAAAUCCACCGGGCCUGCCUCUCCACCUCGGUCCCGAGCCUACGGUGCAGGUUCGGAAGAAGGUGCGGCGGCAUCGAAUUGGGACAAUGCAAUGUGGGCUUACACAGUUUCAAUGCUGGCGGUGACAGCGGUGGCAGCUGUGAGUGUGGGUGUGGCUGUGUAUAUGCACCGAAGCAAGCAGUGA